AUGGACGCCCAAAGCAGCGAGGGCAGUUUUGUAGACCACGGCCAGGAGUUCGAGCUGGGCGUGGGGGCGCGGCCGGAGUGGAGCGUCGGCAAGCCGGGCGGCGCCACGUGCGACGACGACGACGACGACGACGACGACGACGAAGACGACGAGAGCGACGCGGCGGUGGUAGAAGAGGUGCUGCGGGGCGCCGACGACGUCUCCACCGCCGCGUCCAGCGCGGGCGACGCGUGUAGGCUGGCGGCCGCGAUGCGGAGGGCGACGCUGCACACUGAGCGGCUGCUGCGGGCGAACCGGCAACUCGUGGGCGACAACGAGGCGCUGACGAAGCGCAACGCCGCCCUUGCGGCCUCGAAUCGGGCACUCACGCGGCAGAACACUACACUCGCGGAGGCAGUCGUGUCGCUUUCGCGGAGGCAGGAGUACUCGCAGCAAGCCCUUGUAGAGCUGUCGCGUGAGGUGCGCGAGAUAAAGGCGGCGGUGCUGUCACUGGUGGAUGCAGUCGUAAAGGACCGCAAGGCUGCCGGUCCAUGA